AUGGGCUGCUCUUUCUCCGGCCUGAAUGCCCUUUACGACGCCGUGAACGGCGGUGGAGAUGUCUGGAUCAACGAGAACCGUUACAGAAUCCUUAGACAGCUCGGAGAAGGUGGCUUCGCCUUUGUUUUCUUGGUCAAAGAGGUGCCCUCCGACAAUUCCUCCGUCCCCGGUACUGGUCUCGCCGCCAAAGUCAGGGACAAAUCCCAUCUUUCCGAAGAUGGAACUUAUGCAAUGAAGAAGGUUCUUAUCCAGAACAAUGAGCAGUUGGAAUUGGUGCGGGAAGAGAUUCGUGUUUCAUCACUGUUUAGCCACCCAAAUCUUCUUCCUCUUCUUGAUCAUGCUAUCAUUGCUGUUAAGACUACACAAGAAGCAUCCUGGAACCACGAAGCAUAUUUACUGUUUCCAGUGCACUUGGAUGGAACAUUACUGGACAAUUCAAAAGCAAUGAUGGCGAAGAAAGAGUUCUUUUCAACCUCAGAUGCUCUUCAGAUAUUUCGGCAGCUUUGUGCAGGAUUGAAGCACAUGCACAGUCUUGAGCCUCCAUAUGCACACAAUGAUGUGAAACCCGGCAAUAUCCUUAUAACACAUAAGAAAGGGCAGUCACCCCUUGCCAUAUUGAUGGAUUUUGGCAGCGCUCGACCUGCAAGAAAGCAAAUUCGUUCCCGAACAGAGGCACUACAACUACAGGAAUGGGCAGCAGAGCAUUGUACAGCACCUUUCAGAGCUCCUGAGUUAUGGGAUUGCCCAAGUCACUCAGAUAUUGAUGAGAGGACGGAUGUUUGGUCUCUGGGAUGCACACUUUAUGCAAUCAUGUACGGCGUAUCUCCAUUUGAGUAUGCUCUUGGAGAGUCUGGAGGGAGCCUACAACUGGCAGUACUAAAUGCACAGGUAAAGUGGCCAGCUGGACCUAAGCCUCCAUAUCCAGAAGCUCUGCACCAGUUUGUGAUGUGGAUGCUUCAGCCACAAGCAGCAGUUCGCCCACGCAUCGAUGACAUCAUCAUCCACGUCGACAAGUUGAUUGCUAAGUUUUCCUGCUAG